GAGAGAGGAGCUGUGAGAGAGACACGGCUCCCGAGAGAAGGAUGCGACAUCUGGACCUAUCCUGGCUGGGACUGGGGCCCACGUCAGCCUCACCAUGGCUUCUCUUUGUCUUGGUUGGGACUUCCUGGCUCUUGGCCCACUGCCUCAUCCAGAUCUUCACUUUGUAUGGAAAGUGUCAUCGUCUCCGUGGUUUCUCUCAGCCACCCAAGAGGAAUUGGUUUUGGGGUCACUUGGGCAUGUCCUCUCCCACGGAACAAGGCAUGAAGGAGAUGACUGAGCUGGUGGCCACCUACCCCCAGGGCUUCAUGACCUGGUUAGGUCCAGUGGUUCCCCUCAUCCAUCUGUGCCACCCUGACAUUAUCCGGUCUGUCCUCAGCGCCUCAGCUGCUGUUGCCCCAAAGGAUGCCAUCUUCUACAGCUUCCUGAAACCCUGGCUGGGGGACGGGCUUUUGGUGAGUGCUGGUGACAAGUGGAGCCGCCACCGUCGCAUGCUGACACCUGCCUUCCAUUUCAACAUCCUGAAGCCGUAUGUGAAGAUUUUCAAUGACAGCACCAACAUCAUGCAUGCCAAGUGGCUCCGCCUGGCCUCAGGGGGUAGCACUCGUCUGGACAUGUUUGAGAACAUCAGCCUCAUGACCUUGGACACUUUGCAGAAAUGUGUCUUCAGCUUCGAUAGCAACUGCCAGGAGAAGCCCAGCAAGUAUAUAGCAGCCAUCUUGGAGCUCAGUGCCCUAGUUGUGAAAAGAAAUGAGCAGCUGCUUCUGCACAUGGACCUACUCUACCGCCUCACACCUGAUGGGAUGCGCUUCUAUAAGGCCUGCCGCCUGGUGCAUGAUUUCACUGAUGCCGUCAUCCAGGAGCGACGUCGCACUCUGCCCAGUCAUGGUGGUGAUGAUGUCAUCAAGGCCAAGGCCAAGUCCAAGACUUUGGAUUUCAUUGAUGUGCUGCUGCUAAGCAAGGAUGAAGAUGGAAAGGAGCUGUCAGAUGAGGACAUCCGAGCGGAGGCUGACACCUUCAUGUUUAGGGGCCAUGACACCACGGCCAGUGGGCUCUCCUGGGUCCUGUACAACCUAGCAAAACACCCUGAAUAUCAGGAGCGCUGCCGGCAGGAGGUGCGGGAGCUGCUGAGGGACCGAGAGCCUGAAGAGAUUGAAUGGGACGACCUGGCCCAGCUGCCCUUCCUGACCAUGUGCAUCAAGGAGAGUCUGCGGCUGCAUCCUCCAGUCACAAUGGUUUCCCGCUGCUGCACCCAGGACAUUUCCCUCCCAGAUGGCAGGGUCAUCCCUAAAGGCGUCAUCUGCAUCAUCAAUAUCUUUGGAACCCAUCACAACCCAACCGUGUGGCGGGACCCUGAGGUCUAUGACCCCUUCCGCUUUGAUCCAGAGAACAUCCAGGACAGGCCACCUCUGGCAUUUGUUCCCUUCUCGGCGGGACCCAGGAACUGCAUAGGACAGACUUUCGCCAUGAACGAGAUGAAGGUGGCGCUGGCGCUCACCCUGCUGCGCUUCCGCGUCCUGCCCGACGACAAGGAGCCGCGCCGGAAGCCGGAGCUGAUCCUGCGCGCAGAGGGCGGGCUGUGGCUGCGGGUGGAGCCGCUGAGCACGGGUGCACAGUGACCCCAUCCACUUUGCCCCGGACUUCCUAGUAGGUAGAUAGGCGUGAGUCUGCCUUUGUAGAUUGCAAAGGACAAACUGUGCUGUCACCCUGCAAGCAGGGGCUGUAAGUAAUCCACCCAGUGGCCACGGUGGUUGAUCUGAGCCAAAGAUCCCUGACUUCCUCCGGAUGAUCACAGGCUCCUAUGGUGAGGGUUCAUUCUCUGGCCAAGCUGCGCUACUCUGGGCAAUAGGGAGCCAAGGGGAGGUGACUGAACAGGUGAGGGAACAGGAUGAAGGGCCAAACAGACUCAGAUUCUCAGAAGGCAAACCUUUAAAUAACACCACCUUGAUCCCUAUUCUAAUCUCAUAUGCCCAUCUUCCUCGGAAUUCUGAUUCUGUGGGUUCUAAGUUUCUAUGCAUAUUAAAUCUAGAAAGCUAUCAUUUUGCUUUGUUUUUGAGGUGAUGCUGCACUGUGUUGCCCUGGGUCGUUUUCAAACUGCUGGUCUUAAAGGAAACUCGGCCUAAGCCUUCCAGCCACCUGAAACUGCAGUCUUUGGGACACCCUGAUGUAGAUGUAACCAACCGUCUUAUUAAAUAAGAAACACAGAAACAAUGUAAAAGAGAAA